AUACAAAGGCAUAAUAGAUAUUAGUAGAAAAAAAAACUUAUUAAACAUUUGUAUUCUAACAGUGGUGAAGGAUAGGUGAAACCAUUCAAGCAAUCCUGAAAAGUGAAUCAACAAUCUUAUCGAAAAGAACAACAAAAAUAAGAAACAAGAGAAAAAAAAAUGAGGAUAUACAAUACAAUUUCAUUGAAACGAAUCAGCAUCAUUUUAUCAACAUUCAUUUUAUUGAUCAAUGAUCAACUGGAUUAUGGUCAUACUGCCGAUGAACAAUGUAAUUGUUCGGUGGAAAAAAAUGGCGAAUACUGUGGAACACAGCUGAAUGAAUUGAAUAAAGAAAAUUCUUGUCCAAAGAAAAUGUUUUACUGUGGUGAUACUAAUCAUAACAAAGCGGCUGUAUUGUUGGUCGAUUGUCAACAAGGCCAAGAAUGUGAUGUACGAACAUUAUUGAGCAAUGCAUGUCUGAAAAACAUUGAAUGCGAAUGUCCCAAAGGAUUAACCAAAGGUCAAACAUAUUGUGGCGAUUCAUUAACAGGAAAAGAUUGCAGUCCAAACAUUACUUUUACUUGUCCACGUUUAUCGAUGAUAUUCCAUCCAAGUCCAGUAGAUGCUUGCCUUUAUGGCUGUAAGGAUGGUGUUUGUUUAUCAGCUCCUUCAAAAUGAUGAUUAUGAUCAUCAUCAUCAUCUGAAAUUAAAUAAGAAUAUAUAAUAACAAUCCAAUCGACAAUUCACCAUCAUCAUCAUCAUCACCUAAUUCGAAUGGAGAAGACGAAUUCAAACAACAAAAAUAAUAAAAGAACCGAACCGAGCUAAACCAAACCAAACCAAACCAAAAAAAAUCUCUCUCUCUCUCUCUCUCUCUUCUCUUUUAUUCUUCCAUGUUCCAACAAUGUAUAUCGAAAUACAAUCAACGAAUUUCGGUUAUUUUAGAUUGUGUCUUCAUCAUUUAAUACAAUAUAUACUAUAAUCUAAUCAUGUUGCAAUUAAUUUAAUUCAAAUGUUCUGUCUCCAAAUGUACAACAACAACAACAACAACAAAAAAUUUGCCCAAUAGCAACAACAAUAACAAUAAUACUAAUACUAAAUAAUAAUAAUAACAUAUAGUAAAGUUUUUACACUUGAAGGAAAUACAAUCCUUAAAACCUUG